CCCGGCCCCCCCCCCCCACCCCUGCGCCGACUGACUCUUCGAGGGUGCGCGCGCAGCCCUAGACCCUUCUGCCUGGCCUUUUCCUCUCUGUACCCAGGGUCUCCUUAGGGGUGCGCGCGCAGCCGCCGAGCUCCCGCUCGGGCUGCAGCCGGUGCCCAGGUUCUGCCUGUGAGUUGCACGUGUUGCAAGCAGCCCUGCGGGGAAGCCGGGAGGGAUGCCUGGGACCGAGGCCUGGAAGGCUCCGCAUUUGGGCUGACCGUGAUCCUGCAGCCGGCUCCCGGGAGCUGCAUUCCCAAGCCCGGCGGGUCUCCCGAGCAGCCGUUGCUUAGCACCCCGUCCGAGCCCCCCAGCUCGCCAUGCCCGCGGGCGUGUCGUGGCCCACCUACCUGAAAAUGGUCGUAGCCAGCAUGGGGGCCAUGCUGGCGGGGGCAGAAGUGGUGCACAGGUACUACCGACCCGAUCUGACCAUACCUGAAAUCCCCCCAAAACGUGGUGAACUCAAAACAGAGCUUCUGGGGUUGAAAGCCGGAGAUGAGCAAGAUCAGAUUUCUCAGCAGCAGUGAUCCAGACUGUGAUGUUGGGACUCUUACUCUAUUUUUAUACAUAUGAACAGUCAUUUUGCUUGUUCUGAUGCAGUGAGGGUUCUCUAUGAACAUUAAUAAAUUCAGGUGUAAUUGAGGUUUGACUUAUGUGACCUGAGAAUUGUUUAAAUGAACUCUUCCCAGCCUUUGGAAUAUAGUCUGGGAGCUAUUUAAUUUGGUCCUGGGUAUUAUGUUAUUGGUCCUCUUCAAGAACGAAGGACAAACAACAACACUGUAAAUUACAUGUAAAACAUGUUGGAAUUAAAACUCUUCUGCUGACUUCUCAGUAGUUGACUUUGUAAAAAAAAAUAUUUUUAUUAUGGACUUUAAACAUUUUAAUGUACAAAGAACAAAUAUAGGAAUGUGUAUAUAGAAACUCUUAAUCUCUGUCUCAA